AUGGCGAGCCUCAAUUUCCCUUACUCGAGCGCGCCUCUGCGCACAGUCGAGGAGAUUCAAUUUGGCCUCUUUUCCGCCAAGGAGACCGAGCGCCUCGCGGUCAUCGACAUCGAAUAUCCUGAGACGAUGGAUGAGCAACGCCUCAGACCUCGCGAAAAAGGUCCGAACGAUCCUCAUCUCGGAACAAUCGAUCGCAAUUUCAAAUGCAGUACUUGUGAAGAGAACAUGGCCGAGUGCCCUGGUCACUUUGGUGUCAUCAAGCUUGCAACUCCAGUCUAUCACUAUGGCUUUAUGAACAAAGUCAAGAAGAUCUUGGAGACGGUCUGCCACAACUGUGGCAAGAUCAAGGCGCUUGAUACCGAAGAGUUUCGACAUGCCAUCUCGAUUCGAGACCGAAAGCGUCGCUUUGAUGCAGUGUGGCGACUCAGCAAGCCCCGAAAUGUUUGCGAAGCCGAUCCUAUCGAAGACCCCGACCAGCCUCUGAAAGGACCUCCUCAGCCAAAGCAUGGCGGUUGUGGCAAUGCCCAACCUGACAUCAGAAGAACUGGAUUGCAGUUGUGGGCGACCUGGAAGCCACGAAAAGGCGAAGACGAUGAGGAUGUGACCCCCGACAAGAAACGAAUCUUUCCGCAGGAUGCUCUCAACACCUUCCGUACCUUGACUGACGAGACCUUGGACAUGAUGGGUCUCAGCCUUGAUUAUGCCCGCCCUGAGUGGAUGAUCUUGUCUGCGCUCCCCGUGCCUCCUCCACCGGUCCGACCCAGUAUCAGCGUUGACGGUAGCGGUCAAGGGCAACGCGGUGAAGACGACCUCACGUUCAAGCUCGGUGACAUUAUUCGUGCCAAUCAAGCAGUUUUACGAACUGAAGUUGACGGCACACCCGACCAUAUCAAGGUUGAUCUUUGUGAUCUCCUUCAGUAUCACAUUGCCACAUACAUGGACAACGAGAUCGCUGGACUCGACAAAGCGCAGCACAAGAGUGGUCGACCCAUCAAGUCAAUCCGUGCUCGCCUCAAGGGGAAAGAAGGCAGACUGCGCCAGAACUUGAUGGGAAAGCGUGUCGACUUCUCUGCUCGUACUGUCAUCACUGGUGACCCCAACCUUUCUCUGGACGAAGUUGGUGUUCCACGAAGCAUUGCUCGCACCCUGACCUACCCAGAAAGAGUCACGCCCUUCACAAUUGACCGGCUGAGACGCCUCGUUGCGAAUGGGCCCAAUGACCAUCCAGGCGCGCGUUAUGUCAUUCGCGACACUGGAGAGCGUAUCGAUCUGCGACACCACAAGCGCGCUGGAGAGAUGACUCUUCAGUAUGGCUGGAUUGUCGAGCGCCACAUCCAGGAUGGCGAUGUCAUUCUCUUCAAUCGUCAACCAUCCCUUCACAAGGAGUCUAUGAUGGGUCAUCGUGUCCGAGUCAUGCCCUAUUCCACCUUCCGGCUCAACCUUUCUGUCACUACGCCUUACAAUGCCGAUUUCGACGGCGAUGAGAUGAACUUGCACGUUCCUCAGAGUGAAGAGUCGCGCGCUGAGCUCGCCAAUCUCUGCAUGGUACCUCUCAACAUCGUGUCACCACAACGCAAUGCUCCUCUAAUGGGUAUUAUCCAAGACACCCUUUGCGGUAUCUACAAGAUUUGCCGUCGUGAUGUGUUCUUGACACGAGAUCAAGUCAUGAACGUCAUGCUAUGGGUUCCUGACUGGGAUGGGGUGAUUCCUCAACCAGCUAUCAUCAAGCCUACGCCUCGCUGGACGGGGAAACAGAUGAUUAGCAUGGUGCUCCCACCUGCUCUCAACCUCGAGAGGCUCGAUGCCAAGGGCGAAGACCCGUAUGUACCAACCAAUGACACUGGUCUCAUGGUUCUUGAGGGCAGUCUUAUGUUCGGCUUGUUCAGCAAGAAAUUUGUCGGUACUAGUGCUGGCGGCAUCAUUCACACAAUUGUCAACGAGUUCGGGCAUGACACUGCACGGGCUUUCUUCAAUGGCGCACAAACUGUGGUCAACUACUGGCUUCUACACAACGGCUUCAGUAUCGGUAUUGGUGACACAGUACCCGACCCUGACACUGUCCAAAAGAUCCAAGACGCUGUCGAUACCAAGAAGGCAGAGGUCGAUGAUAUCACAAAGAAGGCGUACAACGAAGAGCUUGAGCCUUCCCCUGGUAUGAAUGUUCGUCAGACAUUCGAGAGUAAAGUGAUGAACUCUCUGAAUCAGGCUCGUGAUCAAGCCGGUGCCGCGACAGAAAACAGUUUGAAAGAUCUCAACAACGCUAUCACCAUGGCUCGUGCGGGUUCAAAAGGCUCUACUAUCAACAUUGCUCAGAUGACUGCUAUUGUUGGUCAGCAGGCUGUGGAAGGCAAACGUAUCCCCUUCGGUUUCAAAUACCGCACUCUGCCUCAUUUCGCGAAAGACGAUUACUCUGCUCCUUCGAGAGGCUUCGUUGAGAACUCCUAUCUUCGUGGAUUGACUCCCACAGAGUUCUUCUUCCACGCCAUGGCUGGUCGCGAGGGUCUUAUCGAUACUGCUGUCAAGACCGCCGAAACGGGCUAUAUCCAACGUCGGCUCGUCAAAGCUCUUGAGGAGGUCACUGUCAAAUAUGAUUCCACUGUCCGUGAUUCACGUGGUAACGUGGUUCAGUUCAUCUACGGUGAGGAUGGCCUGGAUGGUGCUCAUAUUGAGAACCAAAAGGUCGAUAUCAUCACCAUGUCAGACAAAGCCUUCAACGACCGCUAUCUGGUAGACAUUAUGAGCGGGGAUAUCUCCAUGUGGAAGGGCAGACUGCUUCAGGCAAGAGAGCUACAAGGUGAUACCGAACUGCAAGAGAUGUUUGACGAAGAGUAUGAAGCUCUGCGAAAGUCUCAAGAUUUCCUGCGAAAGAUGGGCAAAGGCACCGAAGACUCAAUGCAGUUGCCUCUCAACAUCGGACGUAUCAUCGACCAAGCUCAGAAGAAUUUCAAGAUUCGCCGUGGCGACAAAACCGACCUUGAUCCCCGUCAUGCGCUUAAUGCAGUCAAGCAGUUACUGGAAAGACUUGUUGUCGUCCGUGGAGAGGACCCAAUCUCGAAAGAAGCCCAAGACAACGCAACGCUCCUGCUGAAGGCGCAACUCCGCUCCCGGCUGGCGUACAAGCGGCUUGUUCUUGAGCAUGGUGUCAACAGAUUGGCUUUUGACAAUAUUGUCGGAGCCGUUGAGAGUCGGUUCAUUGCUGCACAUGCAAAUCCGGGCGAGAUGGUUGGAGUUCUAGCUGCCCAGUCCAUCGGUGAACCUGCGACCCAGAUGACUCUGAAUACUUUCCACUUCACUGGUGUGUCGGCGAAGAACGUUACUCUGGGUGUGCCUCGUCUCAAGGAAAUCUUGAAUGUCUCCCAGAACAUUCGAACUCCCUCAAUGACUGUGUAUCAGCUUCCAGAAAAUACUGGUGACAAGGAAGCUGCCAAGCUUCUGCGAAGCCGUGUACAGCAUACCAACUUGCGCUCCGUGGCGGAGACUUGUGAACUGUGGUACGAUCCCGAUAUUCAGAGCACUAUUAUUCCCGAGGAUCUGGAUAUGGUCGAAUCCUACUUCAUCAUUCCUGAGGACACAGAUCAAGAUCUUGCGCUACACUCCAAGUGGCUGCUUCGUGUCACCCUCAGCCGUGCGAGACUUCUGGACAAGGGCCUUAACAUUACAGACGUCGCGUCGAGGAUCAAAGCGACCUACGGCAAGGAUCUCUCGGUCAUCUUCAGCGAUAUCAAUGCCGACGAGCAGAUCAUUCGUAUUCGCCUUGUCCAGAAUUAUGGCAAGGAUGAGGAUGACGAGCGCAAAGAGGAUGAUGAAGUUCUCCGACGCUUCUUGAACGAAAUGCUCGACCACUUGACCUUCCACGGUGUUCCCGGCGUCUCAAGAGCCUUCAUCGACCAGAAGAGUCGUGCGAUUAUUAGCGACGACGGUUCUGUGUACAUGGCAAAGAGCGACCCUCGAUGCAAUGAAUACGUGCUUGAAACUACUGGCAGUUCUUUCGCAAAGGUUCUCGCAAUUGAAGGCGUUGACACGUCUCGCACUUAUACCAACCGUUUCACGGAAAUCUUCGAAGUCCUUGGAAUCGAAGCUACUCGUGCUGCGAUUCUGCGCGAGUUGACCCAGGUGUUGUCCUUCGAUGGUUCUUACGUCAACGCUCGCCAUUUGGGUAUUCUGUGCGAUGUGAUGACUGCACGCGGAUAUGUCAUGGCCGUCACUCGUCACGGCAUCAACAAGUCCGAUACUGGCGCACUGAUGAGAUGUUCCUUUGAACAAACUGUCGAGAUCUUGCUCGAGGCGGCAGCGGCCGGCGAAUUGGAUGAUUGCAAAGGUGUCUCUGAAAACCUGAUUCUGGGUCAACCUGCACCUGUUGGUACUGGAACGAUGGAGAUCCUUCUGGAUCAGAGCAUGCUGUCUACCGUUGUGACGGACAAUGCCAACCUUGGCCUCGGUGGUGCCAUUGGUGUCAAAGGCUCGCAGCAACUCCUCGAUGGCGCUGCUACUCCUUAUGAUUCCGGCUCGCCAAUGCAAGACAGCGGGUAUCUUGGCUCUCCAGACUACGGCGCUUCCUUCUCCCCCAUUGCAGCUUCUGGUUCGGAAACUCCAGGAGGGUUCACAGAUUACCAACCUGGAUUUGGUGGCGCUGGAGGGCUCAGUCCCUACGGUUUGCGAAGCCCUGGUGGUUACUCGCCUGCCAGUCCGUUCGGUGGUACCAGCCCAAGCUCCCCUGGCUUCUCGCCCACUGCCGGCUAUUCACCAACAUCUCCGAUGUUUGGCGCAACCAGCCCUGGCUUCGGGCCAACGUCGCCGUCCUUCUCUCCGGCAAGCCCUGCCUUUACUCCAACGUCGCCUGCGUACUCGCCAACCUCUCCUGGCUACCAAGCGUCGCCUACUUCGCCGAGCUACUCACCGACGUCACCGAAUUACUCGCCCACAUCUCCGGCUUAUGGUUCACCAACUUCUCCAAGUUACUCGCCAACCUCUCCGGCUUUCAGUCCCACAUCGCCGACGUCGCCGACGUCGCCUGUCUACAGUCCUACGUCACCGAUGUACAGCCCGACAAGUCCCAUGUAUGGCGGUAGUGGCAACAAACAGUCCCCGACGUCCCCAAGCUACUCUCCUACUUCGCCUACCUACAGCCCGACUAGCCCGACGUCCCCGACAAGCCCAUCGUAUUCUCCCACGAGUCCGAUGUACAAUGCUUCUCCAAGAAGUCCACCAACUCGGUCGACGUCCGCUACCAGUCCACAAUACUCUCCGAAUAGCCCACAAUAUUCUCCAACUUCUCCAAAAGAGGAUUGA